CCCCGACCCUCGAAGCCCUCCAUAAGCUGAACACCUCCACGCGCUCUCACCAGCAACGCACCAAGGCGUUGACCUCAGAGCUUUAAUUCCCCAACCCCCACCACCUCCCAUCGCAGAGUCGCAGAAGCAUCCAAACAAACAAGAGAACAAGUCGAUCGAGAGCAGCACCGGCAGCCGCGGAAGGGAAGCCAAGAGACGACCGAGCGCCGGCAGCAUGGACCGGAACAUGACGGGGCUCUUGCUCGGGUGCGUGGGCGCCGCCAUGACGGUGCUGGCGUACCAGCAGACGGUGGCGUCCAGCACGCAGUGCAUCGGCGCCGGCCUCGCCGUCCUCGUCUGCGCUCUCUGCAUCAAGGAAGGCUUCUUCUCCUUCUGAUGCCCGCCGCCCGCCUAGCACCCAGCUUCUUUCGGCUUCAGUUUCCAUAUUCCUUUGCAGCUUAAUUCGUUUCCACCACUCGUGCUUCCAUAUAUGUAGCUCCUCCUAGUUGGAUCGUCUGAUCCGCAUAAUCAAAGUGGUUGUAUCUUGUAUUCUGUAAUUUCCUCCCUUUUCUUAUACUCCCUCCGUCCGAAAAUACUUGUCAUCAAAAUGAAUAAAAGGAGAUGUAUCUAGAUGUAUUUUAGUUUUAGAUACAUCCUUUUUUGUUUAUUUUGAUGACAAGUAUUUUCAGACGGAGGGAGUACAUAUAUAGUAGUUCUUUGUCUGUCUUGAAGCGUGGCUGAUUGCGUCUUUUUGUUUUUGUUGUUGUUGCUGAUGUGCUCUUUGCUGAUUACAUCUCUUUUACGACUAAAUUGCGGUUUC